AAUCUCCAACUCGCCUCGCAGGGUGGAGCCUGGAGGAGUGCAGAGCAGCUUGGAUUCAUCAUUCCGCAUGGCGCCAUUUUGAAACCCCUCUGUCAGCUCUCUUGCCGUUCUUGAGCUCAGGAGGAGGGUACACCUACGCAUUAGGACGGCCUUGUAGUGGGGCCCAAAUGAGCCACUGUCAAAGCGGCGGAUAGGAAGGACGUGCCAUCAGUUCUUGUCGAAUCUGGCGUGCUCUUGGCUGUCUGCAUGUCAAGCGUUCGAGCGGAGGGAACUGAGAGGAGGGGUUCAGUCUUGACCAGCUGUCAGCUGUGAAUGUCACCCUGAAGCUGGCAUUGCUGCUCGGGACUGGUAUCCUGACACUCAGCUGCAUAAACUGACCAGAGAACGAUCAGGAAUCCGAGAUAGUAGUGCACUGAAUGCUGCCGAGCGACUCUGCUUUGGCUAGCCGAGUUGCCGGUCGCAGUCAAGACUGCUUGCAGUUUUGUCUCAGGAGCUAAAAUGCUGUCCUGUGGAGUCAAUCUCUGAGCCUUCGUAUCCAAAUUACGAUUGCCAAGACAAGACAGGAAUCCCACACCAAUCUUAUCUACUCACAUAACCUGUUCCUUGAGCAUCCGAUCUGGCCCGUGACAGGGACCAUCAAUGCUAGCAAUUUAGGAAACUGCUCAGCGACCUCUCGGCGGCCGUUCAGAAUGGAGCAGGAGCCAGCUCUUGGAAUGCAGACAGAGGAGAAUGAGAAGAAGGAGGUGAAAGCAGUGAAGUGGGAGAACGAAGCAGCGAGUCCACAGUUGAUGACGUCCCCUGAAACGAGCUCUCAGGGUUUAGACAGCUCGGACCUUGGAUCGGAGCCCCACUUCUUUGACAAUGGCUCCAUACAUAUGCGGUUUGGCGAUGACGGCGUCUCUAGCGGACAUGCCGGCGAUCUGUCAGGCUGGACCCCCUCAGAAAACAAGCUCUUUGAGAAUGCGCUCAACAUGUAUGGCGAGGAGGACGAGGCGCGCUGGAACAAUAUCGCGGGCCAGGUGCCUGGGAAGACACCUGACGAAGUCAAGCGCAAAUAUGAGCAGCUUCUGGAGGACGUGCGCGCAAUUGAGUCAGGGCGCGUGCCGGUCAUAGCUUAUGGGGACCCGCAUAAGCAGACGGCUUCAGAGGAGGAGAUGAUGCGGGACGAUGUUGGGAAUGGGGUGGAGAUGGCAAUGCCGGCGAGCCCGGGGGGGACGCGGCGGCCAAAGGUGGGGCAACGGUCGUCAGAGCAGGAGCGGCGGAAGGGGAUCGCAUGGUCAGAAGAAGAGCACAGGUUAUUUUUGCUCGGUCUCGCCAAGUUCGGGAAAGGAGACUGGCGAUCCAUUUCGCGCAACUUCGUUGUCUCGCGAACGCCCACCCAGGUUGCAUCACACGCCCAAAAGUACUUCAUCCGGCUCAACUCCAUUAGCAAGGACAAGCGCCGAAAUAGCAUCCACGACAUUACGAGUGUCAACGGCCAGGGGGGCCACGGCCCUUCCCAGCGCGGCAUCGGCGGUCACCCCCCCAUCGCACCAAAUCUACACCCGGGCCAGAAUAUGUACGGUCACCAUAUGAUGAUGAAUCCUGGUCACAUGCGCCCCAUGGGCCCGCCAAUGGGUGUCCCGGUCAACCACAUGGGAGGCCCCCCCCACAUGCAACCAUAUGUUACGACCGGAGGCCACCAAUAAACAAAUAGGACACGAUGCGGAAUGCAGUGGGUUGCGAUUGCAGCCCCUGGUCAAAUUGAACUUUGAGGGCCGGUAAUAGUAGACGGAUAUAGAGGUAGGAAAAGCAGUGAUAGAUGUAAAGUACGCCGGGCCUGGCGAAAGGGUCAAGUGGGUCGAGUAGCCAUAGACAACCGUUGGGUGCUGUUGCGCGCAAACAGCAAUAAACUCGCGAUCUUCGUUCAGAAAGUGGCCGUCGAGCUAGGGCCCGCACACGGCUACUAGGCUAGCAGUAGAUUCUUUGAAAUGCCAUGGUCACGGAUUGGGCCGCCAUGCCUUCUUCUUGGACCUCUAGGAGAAGUUCGCCUGGUGACAAGAUCUGAUUAAGUUGAGCGACGCCGCUCUCAGCGGCCAGUUGACUUAUGCAAGAUAUUGAUAUUUAAG